GGCAGGAACACAGCAGAGGCUGACCGCAGGCUGUGCCAGUGGGAAGAUGCAGGCCCUACUCUUCCUGCUGGCUCUUCUCUUGCCUCCUGAAGCUGGAGCUGAGGAGAUUAUUGGUGGUACCGAGUCAAAACCACACUCCCGCCCUUACAUGGCCCAUCUGGAGAUCACCACCGAGAGAGGUUUCAUGGCCAGCUGUGGUGGAUUUCUCAUAGCCCGAGACUUUGUGAUAACGGCUGCACACUGCAAAGGAAAAGAAAUCACUGUCACUCUUGGAGCUCAUGAUGUGAGCAAGAAAGAGCCCACACAGCAGAAGAUAAAAGUCAAAAAACAAAUCGUUCACCCAAAUUACAGCUUCUAUUCCAAUCUGAAUGACAUCAUGUUACUGAAGCUUCAAAAGAAAGCUAAGCAGACUCCGGCUGUGGAUUCAAUCCCCUUGCCUAGACCAUCAGACUUUAUUAAACCUGGGAAAACAUGCCGGGCCGCUGGCUGGGGAAGAACUGGGGUGACAGAGCCAACCGCAGAGAAACUGAUGGAGGUGAAGCUGAGAAUCAUGGAGAAAGAAGCCUGCAAAUACUAUCCCAAUUACAGCUAUAAGCUCCAGGUCUGCGUGGGCAGUCCCAGAAAGAUAAACUCAGCCUACAGAGGAGACUCCGGGGGACCUCUACUGUGUGCUGGGGUGGCCCAUGGCAUUGUGUCUUAUGGGCGUGGAGAUGCAAAGCCCCCUGCGGUCUUUACCCGGAUCUCCUCAUAUGUGCCCUGGAUUAAUUCAGUCAUAAACAGCGAGUAGCUGGAAAGCCUGGUCAACCUGAGUCAGGGUCUCCAAGCCAGAGCUCUUCUAGCACCCUUUGGGUGUGGAAAAAAAAAAGCUAUCCCCAGUCUGCCCCCAGCCUAACCCAACCUCUCCCCAGCCUGCCCCCAGCCUGCCCCCAGCCUGUCCCAGCCUGUCCCAACCUGCCCCCAGCCUGUCCCCAGCCUGUCCCAGCCUGUCCCGGCCUGCCCCCAGCCUGUCCCAGCCUGCCUCCAACCUGUCCCCAGCCUGCCUCCAACCUGUCCCCAGACUGCCCUCUGAGAGGAUCUCAAAAAUACUCAAGGUCUGGUGAAUGACUGUUCCCUGUGAUGCACCUCAAUAAAGACGUGGCCUCCAGCCUCUGUGAGACUCCA